UUGGAACCGUUAACCCGGUUGUGCACUUAUCACCAUGGUUGACACCCGUACAGGGAAGAGCACCACCCCCUAUACUCAGGCUCAAGAAGAGAAGAUGGCCGCCAUAUUGAAGGAGAGGAAGGAGAAGAAGGAGCUCCUCAGGCAGGCGAAGAUGAAGGCCAUUGAGGAGGAGCAGGCGACAAAGGAGAAGAAGUUGGAGGAAGAGUUGAGGAGACUCCAACAAGAGGAGGAAGAGAAGAAGGAGGUUGCUGAAGAAGAAGUGGCAGCCGAAGAGGAGGAAGGAGAAAAAGCAGAACCCCUCGAAAGGAGGCGUACGAGGGAAAGAGGAGAAAGCAGUGGCACGAAGGAAGAAGAUUCCGGGAUUGAGAAAAAUAUUAGUGAGUGGGUACCUAAUUUAAGUUUGGGAGAAGAAGAGGAGGCGAUGUUAUAUGUUCCACAAGAGGAGAAGGAUGUUGUAGUCAGGGAAUUUGAGGCAAUGGACAACCCCCUGGACCGCCAGGCGCUAGAGAAUGAAAAUAAGUUGGAGUGGAAAUUGCAUCUGGCAAGGGAGAAGAAAAGAAGGAGGGAGGAAGCCAGCCGGAUGGCAAAAGAGAUGGAGAAGGUGCAUUCCUGUAGGAAGGAAGUAGAAGCCCACCAGGAUAUCCAGGCUAAGCUGGAUAAGAUUCUGACCAGCAUAGAGAUUUUGGGUCAGGCUUGGACCGAACAACAAUUAACUAGCCAGGGCCAAGAUAUGGCCCUGCACUCCGUUCGACUGGGUUUUCGAGAUUUUGCGCACAAUAUUGUGACCCUUUUGGGGUCACAGGUCCAAAGACUGAAAGAGGGUGCAGAGAAAUUCAGUACCGGCGCCUUGGAAGGCGCUAAAGCUAUAGCCACCGCUGAGACUGAGGCUAGACCCCGCAAGGAACCUGUAAAGCUCGAGUUCCCAGAUGCGUAUGGCGGGAAGCCCAAAAAGAAUUUCGAUAAUUGGGAGGCUAGUGUGAACAGCUAUGUUUACUUACAACACAUUGUACAGGACGAACAGGUCCUAGUAGCCUUCCACGCCCUGAAAGACGAAGCAGCUAGCCUAGCUAACUACUAUAGGAAGUUCGUGAGGAACUUCUCAACUAUCACCGCUCCCCUUCGCAGGUUGCUUAAGAAAGAGACAAUCUGGCAGUGGGAUAGAGACUGCACGUCUGCGCUAAAGAAAUUGAAGCGCACGUUGAUAGAGUACCCUGUCCUCAAAGUAGCAGAUCCAUCUUUGCCAUUUGUCGUUACCACGGACGCGAGUCAGUAUGGUAUAGGCGCCGUGUUACAGCAGGAUGACGACAAUGGCUAUAGGCCCGUAGACUUCAUGUCAGCGAGGAUCCCCUCAGAGAAGGUCGCUACCUCGACGUACGAGAGAGAACUCUACGCUCUCAGGAAGGCCCUAGAGCAUUGGAAGCAUUACCUGCUUGGGAGGCACUUCAAGGUGUAUUUAAACCAUGAGACCCUUAGAUGGCUGAAGACACAAGCCAAGAUGACACCUAAGUUAACCAGGUGGGCCGACUUUGAGCUCAAGCCAGUUAAGGACACGUACAAUGUAGUUGCGGAUGCUCUGAGUAGGAGAUCAGACUACUUUGGAGCUAUAGCUCACUAUCUGGACAUAGGGAGUGACCUGCAGGAGAAAGUUAGACAGGCGUAUGCGCAGGACCCUAUUUAUAGUGACCUCCUGAAGAGAGUCAAGGAGGCCCCAGAGACCGAGCCAGAUUACCGCACUACAAAGGGGUUGUUAUUUGAGAGGACUAAUGUCGUAGACCGUCUGUGCGUUCCCAAUAGGGAGGAGAUCCGUAGUUUGAUCUUGGGGGAAUACCACGACACAGAGGGACACUUCGGUUGGCAAAAGACUUUAGCUAACCUGAUGCAUGCAUAUACGUGGCCAGGAAUGAAGAACGACUGCAUAGAGUUGAGGGGUGGAUGUAGAGAUGGGAGACGCAAAGAUGGAGGAAGGGUCAGGGGGAUUGGGCUCCAAAGAGAUGAGCUCAACCUCUGGACAAAGGGUCCAUGACGUUUAGGAGGACGUAUGAAAUGAGAAAACUAGCGAGGAUAAGUGAAGGCGAUGUUUGGGUGGGACCCAGAGGGACGAGGGUCUUGGGGAGGUAGGUCGGAAGGGGUGUCGCCCGUGGUUCCAAUGAAGGGGACUCGAUAGGUCUGAUCACACUUCGUUUUCAAAAAGAGUGUCUCGGUCACCCAUUCGGUCUCUGUGCCACGGAACUGGCGAGACCAAGGAGUGCGAAGGAUAAAGCCGUACCCAAUCU